CCCCACUUGUGGGGGCAGUCAGUCAUGUGCGAAUUGCUCGGCCAAACAAAAAAUCAUUUUGUUCUCUCUUGAAUUGCUGUUGGUGGGGUUGGGGAAGAGGACAAGCUUUCCUUUCGAUAUAUCCACCCUUUUAUUUAUUUAUUUAUUGGCUCCUUGGAUCUAAAAUACAAAUUCAAUUAAUAAUAAAAAAAAAUAAUCCAUCAGUUUUUAUUAAAUUAAUUAAGGUCGUCGUCUGUGAUGGAAAUUGAUAUUGGGGAAUCGAAUAAUGAAAGCUGCAGAGGAGGGAUGUGGGUUUUGGAGCAGAAGCUUGAUCAGCCAAUGGAAGAAGAAGCUGGGAAGCUCAAACUCAUGCUCACUGAAAAGAAGUUCUCUUUGGUAUUGCUAUUGAGACUUGCAUUUCAGAGCCUGGGAGUGGUGUAUGGGGACUUGGGAACUUCUCCCUUGUAUGUCUUCUACAACACAUUUCCACAUGGAAUUGAAGACAGUGAAGAUGUCAUUGGGGCACUCUCUUUGAUCAUAUACUCACUCACUCUCAUACCUCUUCUCAAAUAUGUCUUCAUCGUCUGUCGAGCAAGCGACAAUGGCCAAGGUGGGACAUUCGCAUUGUAUUCUUUGCUAUGUCGACACGCGAAGAUCAAAACGAUCCCGAACCAGCACAGGACGGACGAAGAGCUAACGACUUACAGCCGCAACGCAUUUCACGAACAGUCGUUGGCUGCAAAGACAAAGAGAUGGCUGGAGGCAUACGCAUUCAGAAGCAAUGCUGUGCUUAUUCUGGUCCUUGUUGGUACUUGCAUGGUUAUUGGGGAUGGUAUUCUUACUCCUGCUAUAUCAGUUCUUUCUGCUACCGGAGGGAUCAAGGUGGUCCGUCCACAGAUGAAUAGUGAUGUGGUGGUGCUGGUGGCAGUGCUCCUACUGAUUGGGUUGUUCAGCAUGCAACACUACGGCACAGGCAUUGGCAUCUACAACAUCUCCCACUACGAUACCUCCGUUUUGAAGGCCUUCUCUCCCCUCUACAUUUACCGUUACCUCAACAGUAGGGGUGGCAAAGACGACGCUUGGACCUCCCUCGGUGGAAUCAUGCUCAGCAUCACAGGAACAGAGGCACUUUUUGCGGAUCUUUCUUAUUUUCCCCUACCAGCAAUUCAACUGGCGUUUACAAUCAUCGUCUUUCCCUGCCUUCUCUUGGCAUACUGUGGCCAAGCGGCCUACCUCAUCAACAAUAAAGAACAUGUCGUCGAUGCGUUCGAUCGUUCCAUUCCAGAGAGCAUAUAUUGGCCUGUUUUUGUUGUGGCCACAAUGGCUGCCAUAGUUGCAAGCCAAGCCGUAAUAUCGGCUACAUUUUCAAUAAUCAAGCAAGCACUUGCACUGGGGUGUUUCCCCAGAGUGAAGGUUGUCCACACGUCCAAGAAGUUCCUGGGGCAGGUAUACAUCCCGGAUAUCAACUGGGUCUUCAUGCUUCUGUGCAUAGCCGUGACGGCCGGGUUCAAGAACCAGAGCCAAAUCGGCAACGCCUACGGCACCGCCGUGGUCAUAGUCAUGCUCGUCACCACCCUCCUCAUGGUCCUCGUCAUGCUCUUGGUUUGGCAUUGCCAUUGGACCCUCGUCGUGGCCUUCACCGGCUUGUCUCUUUUCAUCGAGUGCACCUACUUCUCCGCCGUCCUCUUUAAGGUCGACCAGGGCGGGUGGGUCCCGCUCGCCAUCGCCGCCACGUUCCUCGCGAUCAUGUACGUCUGGCACUACGGGACGGUGAAGCGGUACGAGUUCGAGCUCCACAGCAAGGUGUCGAUGGCCUGGAUUCUCGGGCUUGGGCCGAGCCUGGGCCUGGUCCGGGUCCCGGGAAUCGGGCUCGUCUACACCGAGCUGGCGAGCGGGGUCCCGCACAUCUUCUCGCACUUGAUCACGAACCUCCCCGCCACCCACUCGACUGUGGUGUUCGUGUGCGUCAAGUACCUCCCGGUGUACACGGUCCCGGAGGACGAGCGGUUCCUCGUCCGGCGCAUCGGCCCGAAGAACUUCCGCAUGUUCCGUUGCGUCGCGAGGUUCGGCUACAAGGACCUCCACAAGAAGGACGACGAGUUCGAGAGGAAGCUAUUCGACAACUUGUUUAUGUUCGUUCGGCUCGAGACGAUGAUGGAAGGCUACUCGGACUCCGACGGGUACGGGGGGCGGGGUCUCGUGUCGGACGGGGACACGUACACGAGCACCGCCCCCUCGGUGGCGGCAGAGUCCGUAGUGGCCAUGGGCUCCGGCGGAGCGGUGGAGGGGGACGAUUAUGAUGAACUCGAGUUGCUGAAUGCCGGUAGGGAGGCUGGGGUGGUGCACAUACUGGGGAACACGGUGGUGAGAGCCCGGAGAGAUUCUCCGUUUUACAAGAAAAUUGCCAUUGACUAUGUGUAUGCUUUCCUCAGGAAAAUAUGCAGGGAAAACAGUGCCAUUUUCAAUUUGCCUCAUGAGAGCCUCUUGAACGUUGGACAAAUCAUUCGUGUCUAGCUGUUUGGUUUCUUUCUCUGAGUAAAAUAUAAUUUUCAACUUCUUGGAUGACAAAUCCAUGGCAUUAUCUUUUCUAUUUACUCUCUGCAAAAUAAUGGGGUAUUGUAAAU